AUGUUCGUUUUUAACGCUCUGGUACUUGGUGCUGGGAUUCUUACUGCACUUCCAGCGGCAGCUGCAACAGGACAAGCACAGAAUGGAAGCAGCAUUUACCAAGCUAGGUUUGCACUACACAACCACUCUACUCCAUUAUUUCAAAAUGUGACAGGAGUUUCGGCAAAUCCAAUGGUCAGAGCAUUGCAAUCCCAUAACUCUUCGGAAAACAUAAGGUAUUGGUGCUUCGGGUCCCGCUACAUUAUUUUCCUUGAAUCUAAUUCCUCUAUUUACAGACCGGUGUUUGUGGCUAUUCUCCAGAUGAAUGUGGGUCCGAUACCUGUAUAUCAAACUGCAACGCUAAGGCUGAAUGUGGAGAGUAUUCAGAGGGCGGAUCUGUCUCUUGCCCCCUGA